ACUGCUAUUACUCUAUAUACAGCAGAUUAGUUUACUGAUUCCCUUGCAGCAAGCAUAUGUGAGGUGAGUCUAGGGUUGGGAUAUCUAACUCCUACUGGCUUUCUUCUUUUGUCUUGUACACUGUUUCCACUUUGAUGAUUCCAAAUUCCAGCCGCUAAUCUCUCUAUGUAUAUCGAAAAUUAUGGUAAAGAGGUACAUACUGAAGAGUAGAAGACAAUAGUUGGCUCAAGCAGAAAAGUUAUAUUUAAAUAACAAAAGAAGAAUGAGAGAGUUCAUGCAGGUGCCACCAAUGAUGGCUUCUGGUGUCCAGAGUCUUUCUUCUAGUGUGCAAAGCACUCCAGAGAAAAAUGGACAGUCAGAUGGUUCUAGAAGUCCAGAGCUUCUCCAAGAGUAUCUGAUUUCAGGUCCAAGGAAAGAUCUAUUUCAAACUUGCUUGGAUAAGGAAAAGAAGCAUUCUGCUUCAUCAAAAUGCAAAAUGCUUGACCAUAUUCCCAAGAGUGGUAACAAAACUCUUAAAAAUCAGGAGCUAAAGAGUGCAUCUAUCAAUCCCAAAAAUCAGCCUUCAAAGAAGCAAAGCAGAAAAGCAGAGAACCCCUCUCGAAUUCCAGUGGUUUCACAGUGGUCUUCUGAUUUAAAAUCUUCAAAUUUAUUGAUCUGUAAAAACUCUGCCUGUAGAGCCACUUUAAACACAUCUGACACCUUUUGCAAGAGGUGCUCUUGCUGCAUUUGUCACUUGUUUGAUGACAACAAGGAUCCUAGUCUUUGGCUGGAAUGUGCAGCCGAAUCUGGUGAUGAUGAGUCUUGUGGCUUAUCUUGCCACCUUGAGUGUGCUUUCCGGCGUGGAAAACUAGGCGUUUUGAAUCUUGGGCAAUUGCUUCAACUAGAUGGAAGUUAUUGCUGUUAUUCCUGCGGUAAAGUUUCAGGAAUACUAGGUUGUUGGAAGAAGCAGCUUGGUAUAGCCAAGGACGCUCGGCGUGUUGAUAUCCUCUGUUCUAGGGUAGACAUAAGCUUUAGACUCUUAGAUGGAACUUCUAGGUUUAAAGAUCUCCAUGAGAUUGUUAGCAAACUCAAGGCCAAACUAGAUGAAGAAGUGGGUCCAGUGAGUGAUGUUUCAGCUAAGAUGGCUCGAGGUAUUGUUAGCAGGUUAUCUAUUGCCAGUGACGUGCAGACCCUUUGCACACUUGCAAUUGAGAAAGCAGAUGAAUGGGUGGCAACAGUGUCUGGUACCAACCGAAAUUGCAUUGAAGGUUCAUUACCAGCAGCAUGCAGAUUUCUGUUCAACGAAGUGACAUCAUCCUCAGUUGUGAUUGUUUUAAUAGAACUACCCACUUCACCUCUAAAAGAUAUUUUGGGGUAUAAUCUCUGGUACUGCAAAUCCAGAGAAGAAUCAUAUACAAAUGAGCCUGUAUGCGUCUUCCCAAGAUCUCAGAGAAGGCUAUUAAUAUCCAACUUGCUACCUUGCACGGAGUACUCAUUUCGCAUAGUAUCUUAUACAGAAGCAGGCGAGUUGGGACACUCUGAAGCAACCCGUUUCACCAAAAGCGUGGAAAUUACUAGUCUUAAGAAAGCUGCAGUAAAUCAUAUAAAAGAGACUAACCAAGUUGUUGGAAGUUCAAGUUUUGAUAUAGAGCACAAGACUUCAGCAGAUGUUGAAUUUGAUUCUGGUUUCAAGGUCCGUGAUCUUGGGAAUAUCCUCCUUCUUUCCUGGGAUCGGGAUCAAGGCUGCCUUGACGGCGUUUGUCAUGCUAGUGUAGAAAAAUUUCGUGGAGCCAGUAACACGGUAAAGGCUGAAUGCAUAAAAGAAGAUCGCCUGCCACCUGUCUCACGCGAACUUGAUUUAAAUGUUGCUUCAGUUCCAGAUUUAAAUGACGAGCUAGCACCACCAGUUGAGUCCUCUCGGGAUGAAGAUAAUGAAUGCACUUUGGAAAGAGCUGUCAGUGGAGAUGAUGCGGUCUCGCAUGAUAAUCAGGAGAAUGGAAUAGUUAGGUCCCAUGGGAGUGGCGACUCCCAAAACUGGACCCAAAUACCAACUGGCGAGGUGUCGACUCUCGACUCAAAGGGUGGAAGGAUAUCAAGGAAGAGAGCAGCCAGUGCAAUUGAGGAAACAUAUGAUUGUGAUAGCACUAUGAUAAAUGGAUCUCCAUCCAAAAUUGGUAAGGUGUCAGGCUCUCUGGAUGAGAACUUUGAGUACUCUGUAAAGAUAAUCCGUUGGCUGGAAUGUGAGGGUUACAUUAAACAGGAAUUUAGGUUAAAAUUACUAACAUGGUUCAGUUUAAGAUCAACUGAGCAGGAACGCAGGGUGGUUAAUACCUUUAUUCAAACUCUAAUUGAUGAUCCUAGUAGUUUGGCAGGGCAAUUGGUUGAUUCCUUUUCUGAUAUUGUUUCUGAUAAGACGCAGCAAAAUGGAUUUUGCAGCAAGCUGUGGCAUUGAAUUUACUCGCUGCGGAGAGGACCCACUUUACAACAUAGUAUUAGUAUCCGUUCUCUUCUUACAAUGGCUGUUCAUUGUACAGGCAUUCCUUUCCCCAAUUAUCAGAGGGAAAGUUGUUCAGUAUUCAUGGACAUAACAUGAUAUUGGUGGAUAAUUUUCAUGGUUUUCUUGGGAUUGAAUUUCUUGAAUCAAGGAGAUUAGCAGUAUGAAGGCUGUUAGUCAUAUUAAUUUUAUUUGAAAUUAUAAUGAGGACAGUCACAUUGAUGUAGUAAUGUAAUAUAUGUACGAGUAGAUACCGUUGGUAAAUGUAUUGCUGUGUAUUUUGCAAGUGAUCACCUGAUGUUUUGUCUGUUGA